AUGUAUGCUGUACACGUGACACUUGUUAAAGCUGUAGAUCUUCCAUCGGCUGAUUUGAAUGGGAAAAGUGAUCCCUACGUUAUCUUUAAAGUUGCAACUGUAACCCGUCAAAGCUCCAUCAUUCCUGCAACUUUGAAUCCGGAAUGGAAACCUGAAGAAACCUUUUAUUUCAUUGCUAAUGAUCUAAAUACCGAUGUAUUAGAUGUUCAAGUAUUUGAUCAUGAUCGGUUUUCAAAAGAUGAUAAAAUCGGAUUCUGUACCGUACCAUUGAGCAAGUUUAGCGAUCAAAUCGAGUCGGAAGUUCUCAUGUUUAAGCUCGAGAUUCCCAUUGAAUUUGCCAAACAAAACCGUAAAAGUGCAAUUAUGCUCGAGGUGAGAGUUGAAAAAGAAGAUUAA